GCCGAGAGGUAACGAGCAAUGGCGAUGCAUUCCGAAAGAGACCGAGCAACGUGAUUGGUUGAAAGAAGGAGUUAACGGGCGAAAGACGCGACGGACGCGAGAGACGGACGUGGAGAAGCAAAAGCUUACGCCUUCGUUCUUUGGGAUAUCGAUGUUUUUACGUGUUCCCAGAGGCCACGAAUUACAUGGAAAGACGAAAGAUUUAACGGCCCAUAUAAUCGGACAUUUCAUCUGAUCGAUCGUAAAUAUUCAUGUCGAAAAGAUUGUAAAAAAAGGAAGGGAAGCGGCUGACACAUUGCUCCAGUGCGGUGGAUUUCAGUGAGUGAAAGAAAAAGAGAUAGAUAGAUAGAUAGAUAGAGAAAGAGAGAAAAAAGUAAUAAAGAGAGAGAGAAAGAGAGAGAAAGAGAGAGAGAGUGUGUGUAAGAGAGAGUGAGAGGGGAAGAAAUUUAGUAGAAAGGAGAGGGGGUCUCGAAAAGCGAAAAGAAUACUGGGGAACUGACGUGUUGCGGGCGCAUCGAACGUGUGCGGUCAACACACCUUGCGACGAGAGGUACACGUUAUUACGGUAUGUCGCGCGAUAUAUUUAUCGUUCAUUCAAGAAUGUUUUAAUUACGAUUCAUCUGUUCCGAGGAAAUUACGGUAUAACGUGUAUGUUCUCUUCCUCGUCCGUCUCUUUUCUGUGUUGUGAUUUUGUGUGUGCGCGCGCGCGUAUCUGCCCUUCUUUCCAGCAACGAGACAAUUACGACAACGACAACGACAACGAAGACGACGACGAAGACGACGACGACGACGACGACGACGACGACAAUAACGAUACGACGAUACGACGACGACGACGACAGUGGCGGUGACGACAACGGUUAGUACGAGUACGUACUAUUCUUUAAUAAUUAUAUUAAAAAAAAAAAGAGUUCCAUUUCCACGUUUUAUUCUACGCGCGCGCACGCGAGAGAAAGAGAGAGAGAGAGUGUUGCGUGUUGGUUUGUGUGCGUGUGCGUGUGUGUGUGUGUGUGUGCGUACGUGUAUACGUGCGUGCACGAGUUCUCCUCGGCACUUAACGCGUUGCCGCGUGUUAUCGUUGGCGAACGAAAGCAACGAGGAUGCUCAAGUUUAUAAGAGGGAAGGGCCAGCAACCCACCGCCGAACGGCAGAAACUUCAGAAGGAUCUCUUUGCCUUUCGAAAGACGGUGCAACAUGGUUUCCCAAACAAACCAACAGCCUUCGCAUGGGAUCCGAGUUUACGACUAAUGAUCAUUGGGACGACAUCCGGCGCCAUCAAAGUAUUUGGAAGACCUGGGGUUGAAUUUUAUGGUCAACAUUCGAGCGAAAGUGGUGAAAAUGCAGUUACAAAAAUUGUCGCUAUACCGAAUGAGGGUCGCAUCGUUUCUCUCUGCGAUGAUAAUUCUUUACACUUAUGGGAAAUCAAUGAAAAUUCAGUUGUGGAGACAAAAUCAUUAUCAUUGGAGGGGAAGCUGAAGAAAAUUUCAGCAAUAUGUUUGGAAUCAAGUGGGGAACAUCUGCUUUUAGGAGCAGAGGGAGGUAACAUUUACCUUCUAAAUUUGAAAACAUUUGCAGUACCCGAUAACAUCAUUUAUCAAGAUGUAGUAAUGCAAAAUGUGCCCGACGAUUAUAAGAAAAAUCCAGGAGCAGUGGAAGCUAUAGCAGAACAACCAGGCCACCCGGACAACAUACUUAUUGGUUAUAAUCGAGGUUUGAUGGUACUCUGGAAUAAAGCUACUCCAGGAGCACAGCAGCUGAUGGGUUUGUUUUCGCGUACGCAGACAUUCGUAUCCACGCAACAGCUGGAAUCAGUGCAUUUUAUUUCUGAGAGUCGGUUUGUCUCAUCUCACAACGAUGGAUCCUAUACGUUCUGGAGUCCAGGUAGUGAUGCAGUUCCAGACCCGACGACUCCGUAUGGCCCUUUUCCUUGUAAAGCUAUUACGAAAAUUCUUGUAUAUCCCACUGCCGAGCAUGGAGAAUUGGUGCUCUUCUCUGGUGGUAUGCAACGUGCUAGUUAUGGCGAUCGUCAUACUAUCACUGUUAUGACGAAGGAUAAACACGUCGUAUUUGAUUUUACUUCGAAAGUUAUUGACUUCUUCACUGUAUUUGCCAGAGAUGAAGACGGCAAUGAAAUUCCAGACAAUCCUGAGGCCUUGAUCGUAUUAGCCGAAGAAGAAAUUGUGGCUAUUGAUUUAACAAAUCCACAAUGGAAAAUGAUGGCUCUUCCGUAUUUGGUAUCGCUUCAUGCCAGCGCGGUAACUUGUUCUCAACACGUUCCAAAUGUUCCCGAAGAACUUUGGGAUUCAAUAAUGUCUGCUGGAAAAGCACAGACAGAACACUUAUACUCGGAUAAAGAGUGGCCCAUCGACGGGGGAACUAUUUUAUGCAACAAACCGGAAAAUCCUGAUAAACUUGAAAAUAGAGAAUUGUUACUUACCGGCCACGAAGAUGGAACCGUAAGGUUUUGGAAUGCAUCGGAUGUCUCAUUAACGCCUUUGUACAAAUAUAACUCGUCGAUUCUUUUUACCGGAGAACACUUGGACGUGCUUGAGCAACCACCGGAAGACGAUGAAGAUGAAUGGCCACCGUUUCGGAAAGUGGGCACAUUCGAUCCAUAUUCCGAUGACCCACGUCUUGCAGUAAAAAAAGUUCUUUUGUGUCCGUUAUCAUCAACGUUAGUAAUAGCAGGAACAGCUGGUCACGUAGUUACAGCCGUAAUAUCUUCUGAACCAGUUAAUAAAGAAAUAAAAGCAGUGACGAUGAAUAUUGUAAAUGAUCGUGAUGGAUUUAUAUGGAAAGGUUACGAUCAUUUGCCUGUAAGGACAGCCAGUAUAUCUUUUGCAAUUGGUUUUCAACCUCAAAGCAUUCUACAGUUAUAUCCACCAGCUGCUGUUACAGCAUUAGCAAUGCAUAGUGAAUGGGGUUUACUUGCUACGGGUACAGCUCAUGGUUUAGCAGUAUUUGACUACACAAGGGUAAAGCCUGUUACUGUUAAAUGCACACUUAAUCCAAAUGAUCUUUCUGGUGCAGGAGACACACCAAUUUCUAGGCGAAAAUCAUUUAAGAAAUCUUUAAGAGAAUCCUUUAGAAGAUUAAGAAAAGGAAGAUCGCAAAGACGGACAAAUACUAAUAGUAGCCCGACGAGAAGUACCGUAAUAGAGAAAAAGAAAGAAAUCUCUAGCGUAGCAUCUUCUCCAAGUGCCGAUUUAUCGCCCAUGGAAUUAAAGCCGGUAGAAAGACAAGUUGAAGCUAGGCCGGUAGAUGAUGCGUUAGGGUCUAUGGUACGAUGCUUAUAUUUCGCCAGAAGUUAUAUCAUAAGCAUGCAAAAUACAACACCUACGCUUUGGGCAGGUACUAAUAACGGGACAGUCUACGUUUUUACUUUAGCGAUACCUGCUGGUGUUAGGAGAACAGAAGAAGACGUAAAUUGUACGCUUGGAAAAGAAAUACAGUUGAAGCAUCGUGCUCCAGUUAUUGCUAUAACCAUAUUAGACGGUUCUAAUGUACCUUUACCAGAACCAUUUGAAGCAGAAAAGGGAGUUUCUCCAGGGCCAGAUAUGACAUCACCACAUAGAGUAUUAAUAGCGAGCGAAGAACAAUUUAAAAUUUUUAAUCUACCAUCGUUAAAGCCAAAUUGCAAAUAUAAACUUACUGCUCAUGAAGGAUCCAGGGUGCGUAAAACUGGAUUUGCUAAGUUUACGUGUCCUAUCGAUUCUACGGGAGUGCAUGUUGAAACAUGCUUACUUUGUUUGACGAAUCUUGGAGAUUGUUUAAUACUCAGUAUCCCAGAAUUAAGAAGACAACUUAACGCUGCUGCAAUUAAACGAGAAGAUAUUAAUGGCAUUUCGUCCCUAACAUUCACAAAGUCUGGAGAAGCGUUAUAUCUUCAUUCAAGUUCCGAACUUCAACGCAUCUCGUUAUCAGCGACAAAAGUAACAAAAGCCCAUUGUACACUUAAUUUACCACCUAGUGCUAGAGUAUCUUCAGAAACUAGUGCAGAAGAACAAGCUGUUAACGAAGAUGCAACUGAGAAUGGUGUUGUAGGUUCCAGUGGUGAAGAAUCUCCAAAGGAACCUUCCCUGCAACCUUCCGCAAGUAUCACUGAGGUGAAUGGGGAAGAUGAGCGACAGGAUUUAAGUUCAGUUGGAGAUAUCACUAUUGACAGUGUUAAGGAUCAUUUACUUAACAAUUCAAUUUUCAGAAAUGCUCCAUCAUCAGAAGAACUCCAUAAUCGUUUGACAGGCCUUAAAAUGGAAGUGACAUCAUGAACUUCUAUAAUGAUCACAUCAGUUUUAAUUGUAAAAAAAAUUUAGUAGAUUUUUUAAAUUUGAAUUUAUAAUAUGCAGCAUUAAUAUUAGUUACUAUAUGUUUGACUAUAAUGUCAAAAAUCAUGUGUAAAAGCUGCUUAAGUUAUAUAACUGCCAGGAAUAUGAAGACCUUAAUAUUUAUAAACACCUUUGGAUUUUUAUGAAUAUUGCGCACUUCAUUUUAAUUUUAUUUGAGUGGUCUUGAGGAACUUCGCAGUUUAGUGAAACUAGGCCUAGAAAAUAUUACAUUUUACUCAAUUCAAUCACAUUUCACUGCUAGUUUCCUUUUAAAAAGAACACAUGAGCUUUUUUUAAUACUAUUUUAUUAGAAAAACCUUGUGAAUGGUUACUGUGCAGAUUCAUUAGAUAUUAAGAUAUCUAAAUAAUAUUCUGAGUAAUAUUGAUUACAACAUAAUGCAUAUAUAUAUAUAGAUGAUACAAUUUUAAUGAAAUAACUGUUUUUUUUUUUUUUUUGUAAUCGUAUUUUAAUUUUUAACUUAAUUUUGCAUCUUUUAAGAUAAGAUACAUCGUUGAUAUAAUCAUAGUUUAAUACUUAUUGCUGUACAGACAAUAGAGGCACUUGGUAAAUUGUGAGUAUGGCAGCCAUAUUGUAAUACGAAAUAUAAGUUUAUAUAAAUAAUUAAGCUAUAAGAAACAGUAUUGAAAAAAAACAAAUAAUAUUCAAGAUAUAAGAAAGUACACAUAUACACACACACAAUACACAUACACACACAUAUACACAAGAUAGUCCAAUUAAUGUUAAAAUACGAUUACUGUUUCUUGAAAACCCAGUAUUUGCAUUUCGAAUGAUACUGACAUGACUUAAAUUGACUGCAAUAUUUUAAAUGUUCUGAACAAUCAAUACGUUUCAUAAAAUGCAAAAUAAUUCAUAUAUGAUUUUGAUGUUCUGAACAUAAAGACAAAUAUAGAUACUUAAGUACAAUUACGUUUUUUCACGAACAAGUAUAGAGAUUAUAUAUACAUAAAAAAAAAAAAAGAUAAAAAGAAAAAAAAAAGAAAUAAAAAAGAA